AUGUUAUUUAAAUAUAUAUCAUUUAUUUUAUUAUUUAUUAUAUUUACAAAAUUUGUAAAUUCCACAACUUGUCGUGGUAAAGUAGAUUAUUGUGGCGUUUGUAAUGGCGAUGGUAGCACAUGUUGCACUAAAAGUACUUGUGAUGAUCACAAUUUAUGCACAGUUGAUUCAUGUCCACCACCAGACACCAUAGUUGAUCCAGAAUUAACAUUAGAAUUUUAUUGUGAUCACGCACCCAUUCCAGAUCCAUGGGAAGGUAAUAAAUGUAUUAAAGGUGAAUGUAAUCCAAUAGAUGGAAAAUUUACACCAAACUACACCAUUUGCCCAGAAACGUAUAAUGGUUGGAAAUUAGUUGGUUGUUAUCCAGCAGCAGGAUGUGGAUAUGUAUUUCCACAAUGUGGUAUUUGUGAAUUCUUAGAACCAAGAAAUAAGACUGCUUGUAUCAAAAAGACCUCAAAUGAUUGUGCUAAAGAAUUAAGUCUCACUAAUUCAAUCAAUAAAUGCAAGAUUUACUCAUGUGAUCCAACUAAAGGCUGUGUUGAAGAGGAUAAAUGCAAACAAGGUCCAAACCCAUGCCUAGCCCCAGUUUGUGAUUCCUUUACUGAGUGCCAUCUUUGUAAAAUUAUCGAAGAAUUGGAUAUUUAUAUCAAAACUAGUUCAAGAUACCAUCAAAUUUUAUUUAUUAAAUUAUUUAUUAUAUCUUUGUGUAGAGUUUCUUUUAUGUUUUACACAGGAUUUUACAUGUUUACUUUGUUGAAAGCAAAUUUCAAAAGAGGAGAUUUAAUUGCCUAA